AUGGCUCUCAGAUUGCUGACAGGAGACCAGAGAAGGUGGAAGCUGGUGUCCUGGCGGUCGCUGGCGGCCACCUUCGUGCUCUGCGGGGGCCUGCUCGUGGCCAUGAAGAAGAUGAAGAAGAUGAAGGAGGAAAAGCUGGAGAAAGAGCGGAACCGAGGUAUUGGGAAACCACUCCUGGGAGGGCCCUUCUCUCUUGUUAAUCAUGAGGGACAGCCCAAGACCGACAAGGACUACCUUGGCCAGUGGGUGCUCAUCUACUUCGGCUUCACUCAUUGCCCUGAUAUCUGUCCUGAUGAACUGGAGAAGAUGAUUGAAGUAGUAGAAGAAAUUGAUAAAAUUCCAUCUUUGCCAAAUUUGACUCCACUCUUCAUCACCGUUGAUCCUGAAAGGGACAAUGAAGAAGCUAUUGCCAGAUAUGUUAAAGAAUUUUCUCCUAAGCUGAUUGGAUUGACUGGUACCAAAGAACAGAUUUGGCAAGUGGCCAAAGCCUACCGUGUGUAUUACAGCGAAGGUCCCAAAGACGAAGACAGUGAUUACAUAGUGGAUCACACAAUCAUAAUGUAUCUCCUUGGGCCAGAUGGUGAAUUUGUGGACUAUUAUGGCCAGAGUAAGAAGAGCACUGAGAUUUCUGCUUCCAUUGCUGCACACAUGAGGAAAUACAAAUCCUAAACCAGAAGAUUUUCCAAGAUUGAUGCAAACAUCCGCUGUAGGCUUGGCUGUAAUUGUGCAUUGUUUUCAGUGGAGUUACCAUUAUUAAAAAUUGGUAAACAGCCUUCCCAACGGAUGUCAUUUGCAUCAAGAUUUCAGCCAUGAGAUGAAACUUGGGACUGCUGUGAAACAUUGUUGGG